CUUAAUGUGGGCGUGAAACUCUCUGCUCUAACCUCCUCUCUACUUGAAUGAACUACAAGUUCAAAGUCAUACUACACUGUUUAGUGUACUCGAGAGAGAGGGAAACAUUGUACCCGAGGGUAUUCUACGGUUAAUAGUUACAUAUAGACAGCACUUGUUUCCAGUCACCGAUUUUUACGGAGCAAUGGAGCCUCAUGUAAAUGCGAAGCAGCUUUUUAAUCACGCGACAACCCUAAAGCUUCACACGGGGAAUUUAGUCAACCGCAGUCGACUUAAGAAGAAAUGUCCGUCUUCAACUAGCGAGGAGCUUCAAGACUGCAUCCAAGGCACACUGAGCGAGUGGUUUGCCGCAAUGCCGUCAUCUCUUGAUUCUGAGCUUCCCAGUGUUCUGGAUUGUACUAUUCCAGAAAACACAGAGGCCAUCACUCCAGAGGAGAGAGAGGAGCUGAAAGUGUCUGUAAAGCUUUUUCUCACUGAGUCGGACCGUUCAUCCAUCAGAAGUGCGGUGGACAUGGCUCGUCUUUCAUUAGGCGUAUCUCAGUUGGAUUCUGUGAUCAUUGCUCCACCUCCUCUCCCGGAGGGCGAGGCACAGACGCUGACCCACCUGCAGCCGCUGUGGAAGGAGCUGGAAAGUCUUGUGCAAAGCCAGAAGAUCGCUGCCAUCGGCACGUCGGACUUGGACAAAACUCUCUUAGAGCAGCUCUAUAACUGGGCUCAGGUAAAGCCGAGUAGUAAUCAGGUGAAUCUGGCCUCGUGCUGUGUGAUGCCUCCAGACCUCACUGCAUUUGCUAAAGAGUUCGACAUACAAUUGCUUACUCACAAUGACCCCAAAGAGCUAAUCAGUGUAGCAGGCUUCCAGGAAGCAGUGCAGGGGAGCAGUAAGGACCUGCAGGUGGCCGAUUGGAGGCUGGAGUGGGUCUUACGGUACUCUAUCAUCGUCAAGAGCAGAGGCAUCAUAAAAGCAAAAGGCUACAUAGUUCAUGCUAAAAAGAGCAACGACCAUUAACAUUUCCAGUUUGAACAGGUUUUUUGUUUUUGUUUUGGAUUUCUGAAAUUUAUUCCACUAAAUUCAGGGAGCUACUACAUCAUUGAUGCAUAUUUUAGAGGUGGUUUUCUACUUUUCGAAGGAACAAAAAAUUAUUCCAACCCACUUGACUCAUUUUCACUCAUGAUUUAGAAUAUUUAGACAGCUGUCUGUUCUUGUAGAUAAAUGCAAAGUGCCUUUAGUCUGAGUUUUUUUCUCUCUCUUGACCUGGCCUGGUUUAGUUCUUGCCAGUUAUCAAAAGGGU